AAGGAAGGAGGAAGGAGCUGAGGAGGGAUGAGAGAGGCGGCCAGGGCCCCGGGCCGAAGCAGCGCGGGGCCGGGGGACCUGGGGGGCUAAGGCACCCCAACUGCCCCCUCCCCCUUCCUUGCUCCUCUCCAUCCAUUCCUUCCACCCUCCCGCUUGAGGAGGGGGGUUUAUUCAAAUUUUAUUUAAAUCCCUAUCUCCCGAGGGUCGCGCGCUGGGGGGAGGGGGAGAGGGCGGGGGUGCGCGCGGGCUGGGGGGGCGGGGCCGGAGCAGCUUCCUUCACCCCCCUCGGUUAGUCCCGUAGCCGUAGGGCAGGGGGCCGCAGUCCAGGGGCGGGCCCAGGGGAGGGGGGCAGGUUACAGCGACCCCCCCCUCCCCGGGAACCGGCGGUGGGCGGGGCUUGAACCCCGGAAACGGUGGGGGGGCCGAGGCAGGUCCCUGGACCCCUGGGCAGGGGGAGUCUGGAAGGGGCCAGUUAAAGGGCCGGGGGCGCAGGGAGAGGCGGGGUGGGGGGAGGGGACCUGGGACUCGGACCGGGACUGAGUGGGGCCCGGGCAGAAGCUGAGCACCCUGCGCCCGAGAAGCCCCCGUUGGCCUGGGGGGGCUGAGGGACUGAGCCCCCCAGAACAGGACCUCCCCCUGGAAGGGCCGCGCCGCAGCCCGUGGGAGGGCCUCGCCCCCGGCGCCCCCCAUCUCCACUCGCCGCCGUCCCGGCCUCCGCCGGAGGGAGGGGCCGAGCGCCCUCGGGGGGCCGUGGACCCCGGCGUUCUGAGCGUUCCGCGCCCCGCGCCGCCCGGCCCCCCCGCCGCCGAUGGCCGCCGACCCGCCGGGAGCUGCCGAGAAGGGAGAGAUGGCUCCCGGGACACGUGUGAGCCCUCGGCGUUGCUGACGCCCCCAAUGUCGUCGAGCAGCCGGGGGCCGGGGGCCGGAGCGCGCCGACGCCGAACCCGCUGCCGUCGCUGCCGGGCCUGUGUGCGAACUGAGUGCGGGGACUGCCACUUCUGUCGAGACAUGAAGAAGUUCGGGGGGCCCGGGCGCAUGAAGCAGUCGUGCCUGCUACGGCAGUGCACUGCCCCCGUGCUCCCACACACAGCUGUGUGCCUCUUGUGUGGGGAGGCUGGGAAGGAGGACACAGUGGAGGGAGAGGAAGAGAAAUUUGGUUUGAGCCUCAUGGAGUGUACAAUCUGCAACGAGAUCGUCCACCCUGGCUGCCUGAAGAUGGGGAAGGCUGAGGGUGUCAUCAAUGCGGAGAUCCCCAACUGCUGGGAGUGCCCUCGCUGUACACAGGAAGGCCGCACCAGCAAGGAUUCAGGUGAGGGGCCAGGCCGCCGCAGGGCUGACAACGGUGAGGAGGGCGCCAGCCUAGGGAGUGGAUGGAAGCUGACGGAGGAGCCGCCACUUCCACCGCCCCCGCCCAGGCGGAAGGGCCCUCUACCUGCUGGGCCGCCCCCGGAGGACAUGCCUGGGCCCCCCAAACGCAAGGAGAGGGAGGCAGGGAAUGAGCCCCCCACCCCAAGGAAAAAGGUGAAAGGAGGUCGAGAGAGGCACCUGAAGAAGAAACCAAAGCCGCCUUUGGCCUCUGCUGAGGGCCCAGCCGUGCCAUCCCCAUCCCCACAGAGGGAGAAGCUGGAACGUUUCAAGCGGAUGUGCCAGCUGUUGGAGCGGGUGCCUGAUACCUCUUCUUCUUCCUCGGACUCGGAUUCCGAUUCCGACUCAUCAGGCACUUCGCUGAGUGAGGAUGAGGCCCCUGGCGAGGCCCGGAAUGGGCGACGGCCAGCCCGGGGCAGCUCUGGCGAGAAGGAGAACCGUGGGGGGCGGCGGGCUGUGCGCCCUGGCAGUGGGGGGCCCUUGCUCAGCUGGCCCCUGGGCCCCGCCCCCCCACCCCGGCCUCCACAGCUGGAGCGGCAUGUGGUACGGCCCCCACCUCGAAGCCCUGAGCCUGACACACUGCCUUUGGCUGCUGGAUCCGACCAUCCCCUGCCCCGGGCUGCCUGGCUUCGUGUCUUCCAGCACCUUGGGCCACGAGAGCUGUGCAUCUGCAUGCGAGUCUGCCGGACUUGGAGCCGCUGGUGCUACGACAAACGUCUGUGGCCUAGAAUGGACUUGAGCAGGAGGAAGUCACUGACCCCGCCCAUGCUCAGUGGGGUAGUUCGUCGCCAGCCCCGUGCCCUGGACCUCAGCUGGACAGGUGUCUCCAAGAAACAGCUCAUGUGGCUUCUGAACCGACUGCAAGGCCUGCAGGAGUUGGUGCUCUCUGGCUGCUCCUGGCUCUCUGUCUCUGCCCUGGGCUCAGCCCCACUGCCAGCCCUGCGGCUCCUGGACCUCCGCUGGAUUGAGGAUGUAAAAGACUCACAGCUCCGUGAGCUGCUGCUGCCUCCACCAGACACUAAACCAGGGCAAACAGAGAGCCGUGGGCGACUACAGGGUGUAGCCGAACUGCGCUUGGCAGGUCUGGAGCUGACAGAUGCCUCCCUGAGGCUCCUCCUGCGCCAUGCACCCCAGCUGAGCGCCCUGGACCUGAGCCACUGCGCCCACGUUGGGGACCCCAGUGUCCACCUCCUCACAGCUCCCACUUCUCCACUCCGAGAGACCCUGGUACACCUCAAUCUUGCUGGUUGCCACCGCCUCACGGACCACUGCCUCCCGCUGUUCCGCCGCUGCCCACGUCUCCGCCGACUAGACCUGCGCUCUUGCCGCCAGCUCUCACCUGAAGCUUGUGCCCGUCUGGCAGCUGCUGGCCCUCCUGGUCCCUUCCGCUGCCCAGAGGAGAAGCUACUUCUCAAGGACAGCUAGUCGGGCGCCCCCCACCAUCCCCCAGGACUCAUCAGGAGCCUGGACCUCGGGCCUUCAUUUCAUCCUCUGUUGGGAGGCCAGGUUACCCACCUCAUGACUUGGGAUUCCUGAGUUUCGUGACUUGGGAUUCCUACCCAGGGACCGGAGCCAGCCUCCCGCUUCUCUUCCCCCUGCACUGAUAUCUCUGGGGGUCUCUCCUUCCCAUCUCCUCCCCCUUCCACUUGCUUCAUUGUCCAUCCCCUGGGGGAAGUGGGUCAGAGGUACUGGGGGGUGCUGAGCCAAAGGGAUGGUGGGAGGGGGGUUAAGGUGCAAGUUUGAGGGAGGGAGAAUGGGGAAAGGGUAUCUACACAGGAUACUGGGAGCCAGGGGGCUGGGGGAGGUGGAGGAUGGGUGGGUGGGGGGGCAGAAAGAGACCACCAAGGGUUCAGAGAACAAAGACCAGAUAUUUGGAGUGGGGGGUGGGGGGCCAAAAAGGGAAACUGGAGGAGCAAUUGGGGAUCCAUGUAUCAGAGGUAGGGGGACUUGGGGAGCAAGAGGAAAGCCAGGGCUGAAUGGGGGUUGGGGGACAAGAGCAGGUUGGGGCAGUAGUACUCCUCCCUCGUGGGAGGGUUACCCCUCUUCUUUCCUCCUGCCCAAAUUUGAGUUCCUUCCCUCUACUCUGACUCCUUGAACGUCACUGAAAAUGGCAGCUAUUGCGAGGAGUGGGGGCCAUGGGUCUACCCUCUGUUCAACUCGUGGCCCAGGGGAGUGGUGAGGGGUGCCCCAGCCCCCUGCCUGCCUCUCCGCACAAUACUUGAACAUUCAUCUGUACUGAAGUGUUACUUGAAUCGGGGGAACCUCGGACCUGGGGGAGCCGAAGUGUAAUUGGAUGGGACCAGCUUGGACUGAGACUGAACUGGUGGGCACCCAGAGUGGACUGCACCACCUCCAGAUAUCUCUGGCUUUACUGUCUUGAGCAGCUCUACCCCUUCUGACCCGAGUUGGGGGUGGUGGGUGCCAGCCCAAUGAUGGGGAAGAUGGGACUCCUCCAGCUUGGCUCUUCCCACUCUUUCAUCGUCAUGGAAACUUGUAUCCCAUUCGCCCAGGGAACUGCCACUCCUGGUUGCCAUGGAAAUAGCAGCCAAUGGACACCUCCCGAUGCCAGUGCUAAGGCUGGAAAUGGCCCCUCUCAGUUGCCAUGGGAACUUAGUAACAGACUCUUUUUGGUCCUUCUCUCCACUGCCCCUUCCUCCUGUGUUGGGGUGGGGUCUUGGGAGCCAGAGGGAGGAGCUGGGCCAGGUUCCGCCCCUCAGUCCAGGCCUCUGGGGGCAGCCGGGUUGUACUAUGUAGGGGAGGGGGAAAUCUAUCCACAUACCUCAGGUAACAGGGAGGUGCGCGGGUGGGGGGAGGGACUGGGCGGACCAAAGGCCGAAGGGGAGGGGGGGCCUGGGGAUGGAAAGGCUUGAGGAUUGGGCCGUUUGGGGGAGGGGGAGGAGGCAGCCCGGCAUGGGACGUGUUGGGGACCCAGCCGGGCUGGGCCCCUGGGCCCCAAAUCUGUACAAUAUGGUUUGCUAUAAAACUCAAAAUCUUCCAGCCGGGGCCACCGUGUU